CAGGGUCGCCGUUUCCGUGGACGUCGUAACCGACAACCGCCAGCAGACGAAGCAAACGGUACAGUACCUGCCACUGAUGGACAGGUGACAACAAAUGCUGAAGCUACCGGCACUACAACGGGGAAGCCAAGCGGUCCAAGACGCCGUGGCAACUACUUCAAUCGUCGUUUUAGACGCCAGAGCAAGAACGAGCCUAAACGUGAAGGAGGACCUGAAAUUGAGAGUCUCAAUGCGUCGGAUUCUGGACAGGCAGCCGAGUCGGAAAAUACUCAAGAUGAUGAAGCGAAGCCUGGAAUGAGACGUCAAGCUGAGUGCGAAAAAGAAGCACCGACGCCCGAUCUCGGCAGCGGCGAUGUCAACAACGCUGCCAACUGCGGAAUGAGUGCGGCUGUUUGA